CUUUUUUUUUUACAGUUCUAUCCCCCAAAACAUGGAUAAAUAAAUAAAUAUACCAAAUUAAAGUAGACCUAAAACCAACAAUCGUCUUUGUAUUAAAAGCCAACUCACGUACUCCAAUUGGGCAAGAAAAGGUUUAUCAAUUUAAUUAUCGUUAAGGCCGUUGAGUCCAUUCUUCUAACAAGUAACAGAUUGUUAGACAUGUUUUCCUUUCCCGCGUGGGCAGUUAAUUACCGAGUUAAAAUUGGCACCAACGUCAGUUUCUUAUUAGUUGCAGGAAACACACCGAGAUUUUCUCUUGUCCUUCCACUUCUUGCAUGUAAACCCUAGUUAUUCUUAAUUUCCCUGCCCUAACUACUCCUGUCUUUCUUGUUUACACAUUGUCUUGUCUUGUCCCGCAUUUUGUUGGAGGCUGAUUUUUAUAUUCUUUCUGUGGAUUCAACUCUGUGUUAAAUUUUCUUCUCAUCAACCUUUGUUCAUCUCCUGCUUUUGGGUUUGGAGAAGUUUUUGAAUUGAAGGUUUUGGGUUGUCAAUCCACAUUUUGAUAAAUUAAAACCGAAGAUUGAAUUUCUAUAUCAAGGUAGCAUAUAUAGAAGGCCUUAAACGAAUUGGUGGGAUCAUUGAUCAGAUAAAUUAACUGGCACCAUGGAUAGUGAAAAUGGAUUUGUAACAAAGAAGCACGUAGCAAAUUCAGAGGGGACAAAUGAUGGAAUUGUUAUUCUUCCUGAACUCAAAAUUUCGAUGUCUUCUUCAUCAUCCUCCUCAGAAUCUUCAAUAGAUUCUAGCUAUGUUGGAAAGGAUGAAUCAAAUCUCGAGUCGAAAGAAGUAUCUGCACCAGAAGUUUCAGGUCAUAAUCCUAGUUCAUCUGCAAUGAACCCUCAAAAACUAAUUUCGAUGCAAUCAUCUGGAGGCUAUGAUCCUAAUAGGAUUCCCUCAUCCAUUUUUGCUAGUAAGCCUUCAACGCCAAUGGAAUGGAGUGUUGCUUCAAAUGAAUCAUUGUUUAGUAUUCACAUGGGAAAUAACAGCUUCUCAAAAGAUAAUGCUUUCAUGCUGUACAAAUCUGGAGAACUUCCCAACCUUGAAGAUACGAACAAUCUCCCACCUAGCCAGCUUCCUAUCAUCGUAGCACAGACCUUCGAAAAGAAGAUUGAGGAUAUGAACGAAGAUUCAAAAGUGACAGAAGAAAAACUAGUUGAAUCUGCAAAAGUGGAACCUGAAUUUCCAGCCAAUAGCACUAAGGCAGUUCCAGAGGAAACACAGAAAAAUAUCAGCCAGGAAAAGGCCACUUCUGCUGAUGACCUCAGGAACUCAUCCAGCAGCACUCAGUCAUUUCAAUUCCCAGUAUUGGAAGCAAAUGCAGCAGGAAGUGGUUCUGUGAAAGUGGCAAUUGGUAAAAGCCCUUCAAAGAAGCAGCCAAAACAGGAGUCACAACCACAAACGCCUGGCACACCACCAAAGCCUAAUGGGAGAAGUUGGUUUUCUUGCUUUUCUUGUUGCUCAGUUGGUAGUUGAGAGAACAUUAAUUCUGGGGAUAAUUAUUUAAUCAUCUCAAUUGAUCACUGCACAUGUACAUGAUCCCUCAUUUUGUUGAAAUGCUUGCCUUUCUUUCUGGGUUCAA